ACCCAAUCCUCGCCCUGUCUGCCGCGGAUUCAGAUUUUGGAUCUGUGACCUGGACUGGAUCCAGUGAGGAUUUUUCCUUUCCGGAAAGUGGAUUGUGAUCGAAAUGAACUCGUGGAAGCUUUAACAGCGGGAUGUUUUGCGGUUUACGGGAGUGAAAAGCAAAACCUCGGCUUUGAAAGGCGUCGAAGCUGCUUUCUUUUGGUGAUAAGAUGAAGCGGAUAACGGGAAAGACGAAAGAUGCCACUCUUCUGGAGAUGACAAACAAAGCGGACGCUCAUCUAGAAGAUGGUUUUGCAGUAUUGACAGGUUACAGGAAGACCUUUCUCACAGACAAUAAUGGCAGUGUCCUUUCCACCUCAGACAAAGAAACACAAUUACCGGGCCAUCGGGAGAUUGAUAAACUGCAGCAGAACAGCGACUCCGUGUAUUUCAGAGAUGGCAUACGACGCAUCGAUUUUGUCCUGUCUUACACUGACGAGAAAGACGGAGACAAGAAAGCGGAGAGAAGAAGAGAGUUUGAGGCCAACCUUGAAGAUGCAGGUCUGGAGCUGGAGACUGAGGAUAAACUGGAUUCAGAUGACCAUAAAACAUACUAUCUGAAAAUUCAUGCACCAUGGGAAGUCUUGGCUACCUAUGCAGAAGUGCUGAAGAUCAAGGUGCCUUUUAAGAAGACGGACAUCCCGAAAGGACGGGAAAUCUCACUGGCUUGGCUCACACAGCUUAUCCGCCUUCCCAGGAACAUCAUGAAUCCUGACCCUGAUUACUACACUGCACCCUUCAACAAGAACAAAGUCGACUUCUUCCUGAUUGAGGACAGGGCGACCUUCUUCCCACCCUCCACCCGCAACAGGAUUGUCUAUUAUAUUCUUACAAGAUGUCCAUACUACAAGAAGGAUCGAGUAGAUAGAGAAAAGACUGGAAUUAAGAGACUCUUGAACAACGGCACCUACACAUAUGCCUACCCGCUCCAUGAUUGCCGCUAUUGGAAGAGAGCAAAUGAUCCACAAUGUGAAAGUGAAAGAUUUCACCUGUAUAAGUAUUGGGCUCGCUUUCUCUGCUUCUAUAAAGAACAACCUCUCAACCUAAUCAGGAAAUACUAUGGUGAGAAGAUUGGCAUCUACUUUGCUUGGCUCGGCUUCUACACAGAGAUGCUGUUUUUUGCUGCUGUCAUGGGUGUCAUCUGUUUUGUGUAUGGUUUACUCAGCUAUGAUGAUAACAUAACAAGUAAAGAGAUCUGCGACCCCAAUAUUGGCGGAACCAUUGUCAUGUGUCCUUUGUGUGAUAAGAAGUGCACCUACUGGAAACUCAACUCAACUUGUUUGUCAUCAUGGCAAUCCCAUCUGUUUGACAACGAGGGAACUGUGUUCUUUGCCAUCUUCAUGGGAAUUUGGGUAACUCUAUUUCUGGAAUUAUGGAAGCGGAGGCAGGCGAGGCUGGAGUACGAGUGGGAUUUGGUGGAUUUUGAAGAAGAGCAGCAGCAGCUUCAAAUCAGACCUGAGUUUGAGUUGAAGUGCACCAACCGCCGUCCCAAUCGUGUCACACAGGAAAUGGAGCCAUAUUUGCCUUUAAGCAGCAAGUGUGCUCGCUUCUGCUUCUCUGGAGCUACAGUUUUGUUCUGGACUUUCCUGAUCGUGGCCUGUAUAAUGGGAGUGAUUGCAUACAGGUUAGCAGUUUAUGCAGCUUUUGCUAGCAUCAUGAAGGACAGCACGACCAGCAAGAUCCAGCUUGUGGGGUCUCUGAUUACUCCACAGUUGGCCACCUCAGUUACAGCAUCCUGCAUCAAUUUUGCUAUUAUCCUCAUCCUCAACCUGCUGUAUGAACAUGUGGCUAUACGUAUCACUGAUAUGGAAAUCCCCAAAACACAUCUGGAAUAUGAGAACAAGCUGACCAUGAAGAUGUUCAUGUUCCAAUUUGUCAAUUACUACUCCUCCUGCUUCUAUGUUGCCUUCUUUAAAGGCAAGUUUGUGGGUUACCCAGGCAACUACCACUACAUGUAUGGAAAGUGGACUAAACUGAGAAAUGAGGAGUGUGCUCCAGGAGGCUGUCUGAUAGAGCUCACCACUCAGCUAGUGAUUGUCAUGACAGGCAAACAACUCGUGGGAAAUAUACAGGAAGCUUUGUUACCGUUACUAAAGAAUUGGUGGAUCAGCAGGAAAGGUCGAAACCACCCAGAGAGCCGGUACAACCGAUGGGAGCAAGACCAUGACUUACAAAGCUUUGGCCAGUUUGGUCUUUUCUACGAAUACUUGGAGAUGGUGAUCCAGUUUGGUUUCAUCACAUUAUUUGUGGCUUCAUUUCCACUUGCUCCACUACUCGCUCUCUUUAACAACAUCCUUGAAGUGCGCGUGGAUGCAUGGAAGUUUACAACACAGUUCCGUAGGCCGGUUGCCGCCAAGGCACGCAAUAUUGGAGCCUGGCAGGAGAUCCUAAAUGUGGUGGCUAUUUUAUCUGUUGUCACAAAUGCCUUCAUCAUGGCUUUUACCUCUGACAUGAUCCCUCGUCUAGUGUACCUGUACGUCUACCAUACUGGUAAUAAGACUACUAUGGAAGGCUACAUUAACAAGAGUCUUUCUGUGUAUGAAAUCGCCAAGCUCCAUCCAGAUAACAAACCAGAUGAUGAAGAGAACCCCUCUUGGUUCAAUGAGUCCAUCAUCACAACAUGCAGAUAUCGAGACUACCGUUAUCCACCAGGCCAUCAGAGGGAAUAUUCACAAACCAUGCAGUUCUGGCAUAUUCUUGCAGCCAAGAUGGCCUUUAUUAUCAUCAUGGAGCAUGUGGUGUUUGUGGUGAAGUUCUUUGUGGCGUGGCUGAUCCCUGACGUGCCAUCAGAAGUUAAGGACCGCAUAAAGCAUGAGCGCUACUUGGUGCAGGAGCAUCUGCAUGACUACGACGUUAAGAAGAUCACACUGCAGCUCAGUCAGAGCAAGGCCACUGACCUUAGUCACACAACAGAGAGCAGCUCGCUGCUCCUUUCUGACAAGAUUGAAGUCCUAUCUGAGUGUAUUUAAGGAGUCCUGAGACUGCAGGAGUAUGAGGAGGUUGCCAGCCAGUUAUGAGUUUCUGGAGUGUGAUUAAACCUGAACCAUGCUGUAAUGCAUGAGCAAGCUAAAUCUGCCUGUAGCCUUAAAUCUAUAGGAACCCUAUAAUCUCACUUUCCAUUAUAAUAAGGAAAGUGGGGACAAGCCAGGAGUUUGUGGCCAUCUGUAUUCCUUAUUUGCAGUGCCAUCCGACACUUGUUUCUCCAGCAUGCCGUGCUCUUUCAGUAUUUGAGACCGCUGUGACAGGCAUGACAUUUUUGGCGGAUUUCGUGAUUUGGACAGCACUCUGAAAUGACUCUCUUGUCUUUUUACCUUGUAAAGCAAUGGCAAGUAAAAUGUGAACAAACAAGAAUGAUUAUAUGAUUUUUGAAGAAUUCCUUUUAAGCUAAAUAAGCUUUUAUAUUCUUUUUAUUCAAUAUUAUUCUCCUGUUUCAUUUUUUCCAGAAGAAUCUGCCCUAAUGUGAUGCACUGUGUUUUUAUGUUUUUUAGUUAUUUUUGUCUCUUUGUUCAGAUGCAGUGUUAAUAAUUCUUUUUUAUAAUACUCUAUGUCUUUAAGGUGUAAAAUUGUCUUUAGGAACCCUUUUGGAGUAUCAUCCAUCCAGACACUCAUGUUGUACUGAUCACAAGUAAAGUCAUGUCAUGUUGUUCUCGGUACAAUAUUUAUGCUUUCUUUUGCACUGUUGGUUGGACCUACAGUAUGUACAGUCAUUUGUUAGAUUUGGAGGUGAAAUAGUGCAACGUGUACAACAUUUACAAUAAACAGUUACUUUAAUUUUAAAACUGUUAAAACACAGAGAAGAAAAGGUAAAGGAUUACACUAAAUAUUUGAUGAAAACAUUAACAGUUUUAUGACUGAAGCCUGACAUCUACUAAAGAACUCUUAAGUCAACUGGAAUGAAUAUAUUGCACUACAAUGUGUUGGAAUAGAAGAUGCAUGUGCAUGUAGGUAUAUAGCAAGAUUUAAAGAUCUACCCAAAAAGAAAUACUGAACUUUAUUUAAGCUCCAGAGAGCAAUACAUGUUUAUGGGAUUCAGGUGUGCAUUAGGUUUCCCAGUAAUAUAUAUAAGAUAAAUAGCCAUGUACUAUGUAAAAUAAAUUUAGGCAGAAUGAAGCAAACAUUUGAGAGUGUACAUCUAGUCUAUACACAAGCAAUGAAGAACCACAUCCAGAGGUGUUUUGAUCAUUAGAGAAUUUGUCUUGUGUCUCCUUAUCCUUUAUUAUGUAUAGGUUUCAUGUAUGCUUUUUUGUGUGUUCUUAGCAGUUCAAGUUUCAGACAAUGCCGUGUUUAUAAGCAUCAGAGAAGACUUGUAAAACACUAAGAUCGAUGUAUAUCGAUUAAGUGACAACUGUUACAUUUCUUAUCACAAUGUUACAUACAAUCUUUUUUUACUUCUACUAGUCUUAUUUAUUCAUGCCAUCAUGUUGGGAAGGUAAAUGAAUGCUGUUAUACUGUUAAAUUCCUGCAGCUGUGUAUGUUAGUAUUAAAUUUUCUUUAUUACAUUUUCUUUUUCAUUAAAACAUCUUUUUGAAGACUUCCACUAAAAGUGUCCAUUUGGGAAAUUGUAAAGCUUUCUUUCUCUGCUUUAAGUUUAUAUCUCAGGGAAGUCAACCUUCCAAUGAUCAUGGUGUGUACUGUUGUGUAUAGGUUUGGUCGAAGUUUGCAUCAGCCUUAAAUUGUUUACUCUUGUCUUCUUUUAAGUGAAUUAUUUUCGAAUAAUGGUGCUAUUUCACCAUUUAAUUGUUUGUAUGUGAUCUCAUGCCCCAUGUUCCUGCAUGACUCUAAAAAUAAAAUGUGUUUAUAAUAA